AUGCGCCGCGCUGGGGUGCUGGAGGUUCCCCUGCAGGACGCCCUCUACGAACACCUGAAGGAGUUAACUCCCCUGCCGGCGGCAUUCAACAUCAGCUUUCUGGCUGGAAACCAGGCCACGCGGGCGGACAACGUCAUCACAACGGCGAGUAAAUGGGAUACACUGAGCAGGCUCCGCGCAGACAUCCAAAAGUUCAAGGCGGAUAACAGACUUGACAAGGUAAUUGUCCUGUGGACUGCAAGCACGGAGAGGUUUGGCAACCAUAUGGCCGGUGUCCACGACAGCGCAGACAACCUUAUUGCGGGCAUUCAAGCCAACAUCGCGGAGAUUGCGCCUUCGGCGCUCUACGCUACGGCGGCCAUUCUGGAGGGCUGUAGCUAUAUUAAUGGCUCGCCACAGAACACCCUUUGUGAGGGCCUUGUGGAAUUAGCGCAGCGCCACCGCGUUUUUAUCAGCGGCGAUGACUUCAAAUCCGGCCAAACCAAAAUGAAAAGUGCUUUGGUGGAGUUCUUCGUAGGCGCUGGGAUUAAGCCUGAGUGUAUCGCGAGUUACAACCACCUCGGAAACAACGAUGGCUAUAACCUUUCCGAGCCAGCGCAGUUCCGUUCAAAAGAAAUUACCAAGAGUAAUGUAGUGGAUGAUAUGAUUGCCUCGAACAAAAUAUUGUUUCCUGAGGGCAGUAAGGGACCGGACCACUGCGUCGUGAUCAAAUACUUGCCCUAUGUUGGCGAUAGAAAGCGGGCUAUGGAUGAAUACAGCUUCUCAAUCUUCAUGGGUGGAGAACAAACAAUAUCCAUGCACAACAUCUGUGAAGAUUCUUUACUUGCCGCACCUAUCAUUAUUGACUUGUUGGUUCUGACGGAGCUCAUGGAGCGCGUUGAGAUCCGCGUUGACAUGGAGGACGGUUCUCGAUUUGAACAUAUGGAUACCGUGCUGUCGAUUCUCUCGUACUUUUUGAAAGCACCACAAGUCCCUAAAGGAACUCCCGUGAUCAACGCGUUGAAUCGACAAAAACAAUCCAUCGAAAACUUCCUACGCGCCUUGGUGGGACUGCCUGCCGACAGCGGCAUGUUUCUGGAGUGCCGUAUCCCGACUCUCCGUGCGAUUCACGAAAGUACUUCCCCGACCGCACACUAA